CGCCGCCGCAAGCACAGUGGCGGAGUCGCCGGCUCCGGCUCCCUACUCCCGGCUCCUGGCGCCCAAGCCCAGGCUGCCGCCAUGAACGGCGAGGAGCAGUACUACGCGGCCACGCAGCUUUACAAGGACCCGUGCGCGUUCCAGCGGGGCCCGGCGCCCGAGUUCAGCGCCAGCCCCCCUGCGUGCCUGUACAUGGGCCGCCAGCCCCCGCCGCCGCCGCCGCCGUUCCCCGGCGCCCUGGGCGCGCUGGAGCAGGGCAGCCCCCCGGACAUCUCCCCGUACGAGGUGCCCCCCCUCGCCGACGACCCCGCGGUGGCGCAGCUCCACCAUCACCUCCCUGCUCAGCUCGCGCUUCCCCACCCGCCCGCCGGGCCCUUCCCGGAUGGAGCCGAGCCGGGCGCCCUGGAGGAGCACAGCCGCGUCCAGCUGCCUUUUCCGUGGAUGAAGUCUACCAAAGCUCAUGCGUGGAAAGGCCAGUGGGCAGGCGGCGCCUACGCAGCGGAGCCGGAGGAGAACAAGCGGACGCGCACGGCCUACACGCGCGCGCAGCUGCUGGAGUUGGAGAAGGAAUUCCUAUUCAACAAGUACAUCUCGCGGCCGCGCCGGGUGGAGCUGGCCGUAAUGCUGAACUUGACCGAGAGACACAUCAAGAUCUGGUUCCAAAACCGCCGCAUGAAGUGGAAGAAAGAGGAGGACAAGAAGCGAGGCGGCGGGACAGCGGCCGGGGGUGGCGGGGGCGCAGAGCCGGAGCAGGACUGCGCAGUGACCUCGGGCGAGGAGAUGCUGGCGCUGCCGCCGCCGCCACCCCCCGGGGGUGCUGUGCCGCCCGCUGCCCCGGUCUCUGCCCGAGAGGGCCGCCUACCGCCCGGCCUUAGUGCGUCGCCGCAGCCCUCCAGCGUCGCGCCUCGGCGGCCCCAGGAAGCACGGUGAGAGGCUGGGGCUGCUCCCUGCUUGCCGGGCGGCUUCGACCCCUCGCCAAGGAGGGGGAGCAGGCCUAAGACCCCGGGUGUGGACGACUGGCCUCGGCAGUUGGAUGGGGCCAGAAAUGCGGGGCCCACCCUAAACCAGCGGGGAAAACCUGCUCUCCCGGGCGCGUGUGCCAACGGGGCCCCGCGGGGAGGGAGGGGAGAUGCUGGCAGGACUUUCGGAAGGAGAAGAGACAUUGGCUUCUGUCAUACUUGGGACCUCUUCCGGUGACAUUAUUGGAUUGACGGUGUCUGCAAUUGCUGCGCACGCCCCUCCCUGCCAGCAACAGCCCCCGUUGGGACCUGUUUAGAGAAGCCGACUAUAAAAAACACGGAAACUGUACAAAUCGGAAACGCGGCCAGCGACUUGAACCGAGUGCCUUAAUCUGCCGGUAGACACAGCCAUUCUUACUCGGGGCGACCACUUCGCCUUUAGAAAUAACUGAAACGUUUGAGGUUUCAACGAGCGGGUGAAAUGGAUCCCAAUGGAAUAGAAUGAGCCCCUCCGCUCCUCCUCUUCCUUUU